AUGCGUUUGACUCCUUAUUUACGAAAUUUGUCAACAAAAAUUGACUAUUUUUCCAAAUUUACUCCAUCAUCACUAACAAUCAAAACUUUAAUUGAUUUUGGUAUGAACUCGAUUACUCUUGCAUUCGUUCUUACAUAUCGUUCUUUUAUAGGAAUCAAUGGUGAUAUUAAUCAAUCAUAUCAAUUUUUAAGAGUUGAACUUCCUGUUCGAUGGUCCCAUAUGCUCAAAGAAAUGGAUCAUUUACCACCCAAAUUACUUGAAAUGCCAAGUUUCAAACUGGUUAAAUCAUGGUUUCAUCAAAGUUUCCAAGAUAUAUUAAAUUUUGAGAAUGUUGAUCCGAACUUUAACACUCUUCGAAAAUUUACAGAAGCACUAUUGACUAUUCGACAACGACACGUUGAUGUUGUGCCAACGAUGGCUCAAGGUUACAUUGAACUGGAAAAAACACGUCAAGUAAAUUUAUACGAAAAGAAUCAAAUUCAAUAUUUUUAUGAUAGAUUUUUCAUGAAUAGAAUUGGAAUUCGAAUGUUGAUUUAUCAACAUACUUUACUGUUUGGAGAUGAAGUUCCAGAACAUCCCCAACAAGCCGGAAUCAUAGAUCCUAAUUGUGAUGUGGUAAAAAUAGCUAAAAAUGCUUAUGAUAAUGCAAAAUUUUUGUGUGAUCAAGUUUAUAUGCAAUCACCAGAACUUGAAAUUAUUUGUCAUAAUGCCAAAGAUCAUGAUGAUGUACCAAUCAAAAUUGUCUACAUUCCAUCACAUUUAUAUCACAUACUUUUUGAAUUAUUGAAAAAUUCUAUGCGAGCCGUUGUUGAACAUCAUGAUAAGAAUGGAGUAAAAUGUGCUCCAUUACAACUUCUAAUCGUGAAAGGAGCAGAAGACAUAACAAUACAAUUACGUGACCAAGGAGGGGGAAUAAGUCGAAGUAAUAUAGCUCAUUUGUUCCAUUAUAUGUACACUACAGCUCCAAAAACAAUCAUUUCAAAGUCAUCAAAUGCUCAAUCAACUCCCAUGGCUGGUCUUGGCUAUGGUCUUCCAAUCUCACGUCUAUAUGCUAGGUAUUUUCACGGUAAUUUAGUUAUUUCCUCUAUCGAAGGCUAUGGCACGUACGCUUAUGUUUAUCUUAAACUAACAGCUGAACAAGAGUUACUGUGUUUAAUUGUAAAUGCAAAUAGUGUCUGCAAUGCCUUAAAAUCAAUAUUUGUUAAAAUGCGUUUAACACGAUUUUUAUUUCAACAACAACCAUUAUUGGCUGCUUUAGUAGACCAUUAUGCUCAAUAUGCACCUUCAUCUCUUACGUUAAAACGUAUUAUUGAAUUUGCGCGUGAAGGCGAUGCUAAACAAUCAUAUUUAUUUCUACGAAAUGAAUUGCCAGUUCGUCUGGCAUCAAUGAUGAAAGAAAUGAUGCAUCUUCCACCACGUCUGUUAGAAAUGCCUAGUGUACGAGUUGUGAAAGGAUGGUACGAUUCAAGUCUGACAGAUGUGCAUAAUUUCAAAGAUUUAGCUUCCUCAGAUGAUGUUGUUCAAAAAUUUACUGAAACAUUACAAAAUAUUCGAAAACGUCAUACAACUGUUGUAGAAACAUUAGCUCAGGGAUAUAUGGAAUUUUUUGAUGCUGGUCCCGUUCAAGAAUAUGAAGAAUCACAAAUACAAUAUUUUCUUAAUCGAUUUUAUUUAUCACGAAUUAGUAUAAGAUUACUUAUCUAUCAGCACACCAUGUGUUUUGGUGAUGAAGUACCACUGCAUCCAACACAUGUAGGCUUUAUUGAUCCAAAUUGUCACGUUUAUUCAAUCGUUAUGGAUGCAUUUGAAAAUGCAAAAUUUUUAUGUGAUGGCUAUUAUUUAAAAGCGCCGGAAAUCAGUUUAAAAUUGGUUAAUGCGUCGCAACCAAAUGAACCAAUACAAAUCCCAUAUGUUCCCUCGCAUUUGUAUCAUAUAAUGUUCGAAUUGUUUAAAAAUUCAAUGCGAGCGACUGUUGAAUUAUCGGAAAAAUUAAAAUCAGAUGAUCCAUUACCACCUGUUCAAGUUCAUGUUGUGAAAGCUAAAGAAGAUUUGACAAUACGUAUAAGUGAUCGAGGGGGUGGUAUUCCACGAUCAAAAGCUGACAAAAUAUUUCGUUACAUGUAUUCCACAGCACCUCGACCAGUAUCACUCACAGAUUCACAACACUCUGGUCCUGUACCUCUUGCUGGUUUUGGCUAUGGUUUACCAAUAUCGCGUUUAUAG